AUGGACAACUGGUUGGCGAUGGAGACGACGCCUAAUCCGCCAAUCAAGGUGAAGCGCAAGCGCGGGCGCCCUCCUAAAGCGACCCUGCUCACCAACAAGAUCACCACCACCCUCAACAUCGCCAUCAACACCCCGCCGAUGCUGAAGAUUCCGCAGGCGGAAUCGAACUCGCAGAUGAUCGUCAAGCGCGGGUGCCCUGAUUUCUUCACCCCGUUGAUGAGGGUGCUGCCCACCCGGCCUAGAAAGCGCAACAAGCUGGUGACGACGCCGCUGCAAAUGCUGGCGCCGGCAUCGGCGAAGGCGCUCGCUACCAACUUGGCCUCCGCCACGCUGUCGCCAAUGCGCCCGACGCCGACUCGCCACUCGUACCCGACGCCAGCGCUGGCACCACCCGUCCACGAUAGCCUGCCGUUGUCGUGGGCGUUCACCCCUCGCCAGCCGCAAUCCCACACCUCGGGGCGCUACCCGCAGGCGCCGCCGCCGCCGCCUAACUUUGCGCCCCACUGGGACCUCAUGUCGCCGGCGUCGCUCCGUGACAACAAGGCCGAACAGUUUGGCGGCAGCUUGGACCCCCACCAGCCGCUGUACCCGUACAUGGUGCCGCCGCCAAUGUACACGUCGCUGAUGGAGCUGGAAGUGGUCCCGGCGCUGGCGCUGGCGCCGCCGCUGGUGGAGCGCGACCUUGGCGACGACGAGCCGGCGCCCAAGCGCCGCCGCCAGGUGUCGGCCGACCCGCAAACUCAGUCCUGCGACGGCGACGGCUCGCCGGCGCCUCCGGCGCCGCUGAAGCUGGCCCCGGCGCUGGAGUUUCUUUUUAAGUUGACGGUGGACACGCUGGGGAGAGCGCUGUUGGGCGACCUCUUUGGUAAAGCAUCGACCGAGCCGACGUCGAGCGCUAGCGCCGCGGCAAAGGAAUCUGCCGGUGUUGGCGCCGCGGUGUCGGAAGCGCCGACUCGUGCGCCUGCCGGCAACGACCUCCCGCUGAGCACCAUGCCCCAAACGCCCAACUGCCGCGACUACAUGUUCUCGUCGCGGUUCACCCCGCUCUCGCCGGGGCUCGGGCUCUCGCUCACUCCCCAGUUCAGCCAGUACAUGUUGCUGAUGCUUGGGCUGCCGCGGCUCGACGAUCACUUUGUCGGCGACGCCCUCGGCGCGUUGCCGGAACACGCCGCUGCCGACGACGCUGUCGGCGACGCUGGCGACGCCCGCUCGGCGCUCAAGCGCAUGGUCUACGACAAAUAG